AUGAUUCCUCAAUCGUCGUUCCAUUUCGAAAAGGAAAAGGUGCUUCUAUCCUCAGAUCCACGGUCUCCAUUUUACUACAAUUUACCACCAUACGAUUCGAAACCAAUUGACAAUUUAAUUGAGUUUUUCAAACUAUGGAAAUAUUUCAUCAAAUCAAUCAUUUACUACUUCAAGGAGAUUCUUUUGGUUAAAGAAUUGGAAGCGAAUCUCAACUAUCAAUUGAUUAGCGCUGUACAAUUCCCUGGAUGUAAAGAUUUGCCCAACAAGAUUUUGCAAGAUAUCAAGUUGAAUACUCCCGGUAUGAAUGGAACUUUGCUGCCAAAGAACCAUACACCGACCAAAGAGGUCAAGAGGAAUUUGUCAAACUCUAGUUUGUCGUCAAUGAACACAAAUGCCAGCAGUGCCGCUUCAUUCAAUCCAGCGUCAUCAGGCACACCGGUUAGUGUUCCAAGUGGCCCUAUCACGGCAUCGAGCGCUAAUAUUCCAACAUCAGGGUCAUCAAUGACACCACAAAAGACAGCAACCUCGCUUUCAGAUAAACAACGCCCAGGGCUAUUCAAAACCAAGUCAAGUUCAAAUCAAUCCUUUUUGAAAAAUGCAGCAAACAACUUACACAAGAGAAAUUCGUCGUUUGCUAGUGUCAGACAGUUGGGACAACUGCAACACCAGCACCACCAACAAGCACCACCCUCUCCCCAAUUCCAACCUAGUGGCGCCUCAACACCACCUUUGCCUGCAGAAACUCUCAACACCAAUGACGUGAGGAUCCCACCGACUUUUUUCCCCGACAACUCAUUAUACACAAACUUGCCAGCAGUUUUAUUAAGUUCGCACCACGUUGCAUUCAACAAUAGUUUUAAACUACGCAAGGAUUUAAGCACAAAGUUGAUCCCACGGUUAGAGGUCUUGUUGAAGCAAGUGUCACACAAAAUCAAGGAAAUUAAAACCUCCCUCAAAAACGAUGCCUUUGCCAAUACCGAAUUACUGAAGGAGAUUUCCAAAACUGGCCAAGUAUUGAGUAGGUACACCGCUGCUAUUGAGACAUAUUGUGGCACAAAACCAGUGGUUAAAGGAUACUUGCGUGAUUAUGAUGGUGGCAGUGGCGGUGGUGGAGACGAUGAAGAGUUUGCCGCGUUGGACGAUCCAUUAUUGGUUAAGUUAGACGUUGAUUCGAGACUCAAAACGCAGUUGAUCUAUGAAAAUUACAUGAUUGCGUCCUAUGUCAAUUUACAAAACAUCAGUAAGGAUCUAUUCACGUAUUUAUUAAAAGAGUUGAAUUGGAUAAUUGACAAAUUUGGUAAAUUGGAUUUCAAUUCGGAAUUUUAUCAGUUUUUGAAAACGAAAAUCAGUAGCUCGUCAACUACUGAUUGGGAAUACUUCAUCACACACAACAACUGUUUUGUCAAUACAUAUUAUGCCACUGACUUGAACCCUAAGCGAGAGAAUAGAACUUUCAAAAUGGUGACAUUGCCCUAUGCUAAUUCUGUGCAGAAUAAAUGUCUUCGAUUUGGACUGAUGUACAAGAAGCAAAAGUUGAUGAAGAAUUAUACGCGUCAUUACUAUGUUCUUUCAUGCAAUUACCUUCAUGAAUUCAAAUUCAAUGAAGAAAUCAAUCAACAAAUGAAAAAGUCAAAGGACAAGAUUGGAGGAUUUAUUGGAUAUGAAGAUGAGCCAGUGAAGUCAUACAACCUCAAUGAUUAUCAAAUUGCUGUAAAGGAUGAAUCUUCGUUUAAAUUCACCUUGACGAAAACAUCCAAUAAAUCGAAAAAAACAUUCAAGUGUGCCAAUGCUGACGAUUACAAUUCUUGGGUUGAGGAUUUAUCGGAAUUGUUGAAAUUUGGUAAUGAUCAUUAUUCUCGGUUUGCCUUUAUUCAAAGAAAAGCUGAUCAAAGUAUACGUCAACCAAUUCGCAAGGCAAAGAAGCAAAACAAUCCUGGAUUGACUUUGGAAUUGGGUAAUGCAUCCAAUCCAGCACUAUCAGGAAUGUUUACUCCCAAGAUCAAGACUCCAAAUGAAUCACCACGUCAUAAAGAUGAGAAUCCAUUUGAAGAAAUGCUUACUUCAUUGCCUCAGCAGAAACAGCAACAGCAACAGCAGCAGAAACAGCAACAACAAAACAGCAGUCAAGGUGGUAGUGUAUCAGCAUCACCACAUUUGACACCCAAAGUUGCCUCUCCUGCUUAUGCUACAUUUUCAGCUACCGAGCAACAAGACCAACAUGAAGAGUAUUUGAAGUUGCAACAUGCACUUGUCAAACAAGAGACCGAAAUCUCCAACCUUAAAUCACAAGAGCAACAGAAUAUCGAACUUAUCCAACAGAAGUUGCAGACUAUUCACGACCAACAAUUACACAUCGAGGAGCAAGAUCAUCAACAGCAGCAACAGCAGCAACAGCAAAAACAACAACAGAGCAACCACAUUUCAUCUGCUUCUACAUCUCCAUCGUUCCCCGGAUUGGGUGUACAUAAACCAUCGUCAGAUAGUUUGAAUUCAUUUAUAAUUGAGCAAAAUACAGUACCAGUGGCUCAUGCAGCUGUCAAUGGAUUGCAACAAUCAGGAGAUGCACCUAUGAUGUUUAGUUUUGGUGACAAUGGUGCUAGCCAUCAUAGUUCUGAUAGUGAAAAUAAUAAUGGUAAUGCCAACCCAGGUGCUUCAAACGGACAAGGACAAUCGGCAAAGGAAUCGAGUCCUAGUAUUCCAACCGUUUUCGUUUCUGAAGAAUAA